AUGGGGAAAUUCAACCUCACAGCACUCCGCGUGCGGAAAACCGCAAUCGACUCAUUCGCCGCUGGGAAGAAAGGUUCUGUCCCUCAAUGGGCUGAUAUUGUUGGCGAUAUUCCCCCUGCCCAGAUUCUCGUGCGCGACCGACCUCAGCAGCACCAACUUGUACGGCAACGCCUGAAGACCUUGCCGGGAAACUCACGGCCUUCGGCCGUGUUUUCGGUCCAACAGAAGCGCGUGAAGCCAAAGAAAGCCAGCCGCAUGUUUUUGCCCGUUGAGAUCAAGUACGAGGAGGAUCACCUGCGCAAAAAGUUCUUCAGUGACCAUCCUUGGGAACUGGCAAGACCUAGAAUUCUUGUUGAGGUUUCUGGAAAGGACUUUGAGAACUAUGACUGGAGCAGGAUGCAGCAGCCGGGCAAGAAGCUGGAUGGCGAGAGUGUCGUACAACGACAGUUGUGGCUCCUGCAUAACAUUCCCAACAUGACAGAGAGUCGUGCUUACGACAUCGCGCGCCGCGAAUUCUACCGACUCCGUCUACAAGAAGACAUUGAGCGUCGAGUAGCUGCCGAGGAGGCGGAGGCUACAGGUGCGGUCUUCGGGCCUACUCGCCUGGAGAUUGGCAUGGAACUUGAGAACCAGCAGUUCGAGGCCUGGAAGUCAUGGGCGAAGACGGAAGCACAGAUUGUCGACUCUGCGUUAGCAGAGGACGGUCCUCAUGGUGCACGCGAGAGCCUCCCUUGA